GGGCAGGAUCUUGAUGGGGCCUACCUUAUGGGGCUAUACUACCGCGUACGUAGUCUAUGUAGCCGAGUGAUCAUCUUUUUAAGAAAAGAAAAUUUCCUCAUUCUUUUAAUAUGAUCCGUUCCCCUGGGUUAUCAUUUCCUCUCUAAGUGAUCCCUCUCUCGUCAUUUUUUUUUCUUGUCGUCUUUUAGGUACCCUUUUUCUCUUGAAAGAGAUAGGACAUAGAGUGGACUCUAGAGGUGCAAAAUCAUCGUCUUUGUGACUCAAGCUCAACUUACCUCUACUCUACUCUCAUCUCCUACUAUUCUAUUCCACAUCAUUCAUUUCUACAUUUUUUCCAACUCAUCAUCGAAUCAGAGAUUCGCCUGCCUUUCUUUUACUAUACUGGUCUAGGAUCACAGAAAUACAUUUCUACCAUUACCAGAUAUAUAUAACCUGGUUUCGUUUCUUCGAUAUAUUUAUCUGGACAUACCUAGUAGUAUUCGAUUUGUAGUCAUUGACUACUUCCAUCUUUAAGCUACCCUCAACCUGUCUGGUACAAAAGGGGGAUAUACCUUAAAACUUCACCAUGGCGCCAAGUCUCUCCACCAUCUUUACCUCACUCCUGGCCCUGGCGCCACUGGGAACGUUCGCACACCCUAUGAAUGUAUGGCGACCUACUGCUGAAGCUGGGACAUCGCUAGGGGUCUUCGUUAGCAAUCCGGAUUCAACAAACGUGGUUCCCAACUCGUACAUCGUGGUCUAUCACAAGAACUCCACCGACGAUGAGGUAGCCGCGCAUCAAGCAUCCGUCAAGGUGGCUGUCAAGAAGCGAAACUUGGGCAAGCGAGGGUUGGUUGGCCAGCUACUUUCGACACGGGUUCGUACGUUCGCUAUGUCAGGCUGGCGGGCUAUGGCUUUGGAAUCCGACGAUCUUAUGAUGAAUGAUAUCAACAACAUGGCCAUGGUCAACUAUGUCGAAGCAAACACAUACGUCCAAGCUGCGGCCCUGAAGAACCAGGUCAAUGCGCCUACGGGCUUGGUUCGGUUAAGUCACGCUGACGCUGGAGGUUCCGGUUACAUCUUCGACGAUUCUGCUGGGGAGGGCAUCACGGCGUACAUUGUUGACACGGGUAUCAUGGUCACGCACGAGGAUUUCCAGGGACGUGCUACGAUGGGUUUCAAUGCUGUUGAGGAGGAAGAGGCUACGGAUCUGAACGGCCACGGCUCCCACGUCUCAGGCACAAUCGGUGGUGCAACCUUUGGGGUGGCUAAGAACGUGCAGUUGGUUGGCGUUAAGGUCUUGGAUGCGAAUGGAGGUGGCACGAACGCCGACGUGAUCGACGGUCUCAAUUUCGUUGCGUCUAACGCUACGAAGGGCAAGUCAGUAAUGAACAUGUCGCUUGGUGGUCCCAAAUCCCAAGCCGUCAACGAUGCUAUCGAACGCCUCUUUUCGAACGGAGUUGUCCCCGUCGUCGCAGCCGGCAACGAGGCUCAGGACGCCGCCAAUGUCUCACCAGCGAGCAGCCCUAACGCCAUCACCGUAGGCGCUAUCGAUCAGACUAACGACAGACGUGCAAGCUUCAGCAACUUCGGCUCAAUCGUCGACGUAUUUGCCCCGGGCGUGAAUGUGGAAAGUGUCGGCAUUGCCAAUAACACCGCAAGCGAAAUCUUGAGCGGUACUUCCAUGGCAUCACCACAUAUCGCAGGCCUCGCCGCGUACCUCAUGGCUCUCGAGAACAUCACCAACGCCACAGCGGUUUCGGAUCGUAUCAAGGCGCUGGGCGGUGCUUCAGGGGCAAGCGUCGUACGAAAUGCCCGAGGCACAACGAGUGUCAUCGCCAACAACGGCAACCUAUGAUUAAGCGCGUACUGGGAUAGUCAUCCGAUAUCAAAACGCGAUUUUUUUUGCCGGUUGGGUAGAAGUAGACGAUCUUCACCGACGUUCUUUUGUACAAACCUACGUUCAUCCUCGGACAUAUCAUCAUCAUCAUCGGAUUAGAACGAAGCAUCAUAUCCAGUAUCAAAUAGCGAAUUCGGAGAAAAGCGAAGGUCGAUUCUUGUCCAUUGAUAUAUAUAUUAAGUACUUUUGGAGGGGAUCAUGAGUAUGGAGAGCGAGAUACCUGUUUUUAUAGACGAGUGGUUACGCAUCACAGAGUUAACGAAGAAAGGAGACAUGCAUUAGACAUUAGUUUCAUGGCCAAUGGGCGAAUUAGCGAUCUGCGCGUUACUAUUACACGAUUGUGUAUAUUUUGGAGAAGGUAGAUACGUCUACCGAGUACAUAUUAAAUUCAUCAAUACCAUUCACCAAUAUAUCUUCACCUGUUCAACGUCUUUCUGUCAAGGCUUA